AUGGAGGAAAGGUCAAUGAAGUUAGCAGUUCUUUUGUAUAGUCUCUGCUUGGCAUUGCCAAUUACGAUUCCCACUGCAGCCCUUGAUUACACCAACAGCUCGUAUUCUUACCGGGAGAAUAAGCUAGAUAUAUGUCGCCAUAAAAUGGACGAGAGACUUCUGGUGGAAGAAUCCAAAUGGAGCGGUGGUGGAAGCGAUGGGAAAGACGUUGAAGCUCUCUUGUCCUUCAGGAAAGCCAUUACAAAUGACCCAAAUCAAUUCCUCUCAAGCUGGACUGCUGACAAAGCAGACAAGGUGUGUUCAUGGAACGGUAUUUGGUGCAGAAGACACACAAAAAGAGUAGUCUCCAUCACCCUCCCUAACUCGGGAUUGGAAGGUACCAUCUCACCGUCCCUAGGAGAUCUCUCCUUGUUGCGCACUUUGAAUCUAUCAGCUAAUAAUCUCACUGGGAAAAUUCCCCAACAACUUGGGCAGCUCAAAGUUUUAGGGUUUCUUGACCUCAGCGGGAAUCUGCUGUGGGGAUCUAUCCCUAAAACUCUGGCUAAUUGCACGUUGCUUCAGUGGAUUAGGCUUUCACACAACAACCUCACAGGGAGUAUACCAACAGAAUUUGGUGGCCUGCGCAAGAUGGAGUACCUCCGGUUGUCCAACAAUCGUCUUGGCGGAACAAUUCCCACAUCUAUGAGCAAUUGCACUUCUCUCCAAGGUAUUUUCAUUGGCUAUAACAAUCUCACCGGUUCAGUCCCUUCUUUUUUGGGUUUGUUAAGAUAUCUAAGUUAUAUCUACUUGGAAGGAAACUCGCUAAGCGGUCAUAUCCCACCUUCUCUUAGCAACUGUACCCAAUUGUUCUUUAUAGCACUCUCUCACAACAGCCUUACAGGGAGCAUUCCCCAAGAACUGGGUUCGCUUCAGCUAUUAGAAUACCUUUACCUGCAGUCUAACAGAUUGGAAAACAGGAUUCCUCCAAUCUUAGGUAAUUCCUCUUCCAUGAAUGUUUUGUUUUUGGGGGAUAAUUCUUUAAUGUCAGGAACUAUACCACCUGAGCUGGGGAAUUUGAGAGGACUUGGACAGUUAUCAAUCUAUACAACUAAGGUUGAGGGUUCUAUUCCUCCAGAAAUAGGGAACUGUAGUAGUCUCCAGUGGCUAGAUCUCGGAUGGAGCAGAAUUACUGGGAUGGUGCCGAGAAGCGUAUUCCAUCUUCCUCUCUCAACUCUUGCCUUAGAGGGAAACCAGAUUGAAGACACACUAGCAGAAUCAUUCUUCAAUGUCACUGUUCUAGAAUAUUUGGAUCUGAGCUUCAACAGAUUCUAUGGUACAGUUCCAAAAUCAAUGAAUAUUUCUACAUCCCUGUGGAAGCUGAAUCUGUCAAACAAUUCAUUGCAUGGAGAUCUAGAAUUAAAAUUUCCGUAUUCAUUGAAAAUUGUGUCUGCUCAUUCUAACAGCUUCACUGGAGAUUUACCUGCAUCCUUGGCCAACUGUAGGCACCUUCAACUCUUGGAUUUCAGGGAGAACAAAUUGACAGGUGAGCUUCCUGAGUAUGUUGCCAAUUUACAAGAGUUGAGAGUUUUGAGCCUAGCAUACAAUGCACUUGAAGGACGUAUUCCCGCAUGGAUCACAAAUCUCACCAACUUGCAGCUGCUAGAUUUGUCCAACAAUAGAUUCGUUGGGAACAUUCCCUCCCAUCUCCAAAAUCUCCAGGGCUUUGUUGCUCCACAAGUAACCAAGUCAAAAAUUAACCAGGAUAUGACGAUUGCAGCAAAGGGACAUGAGUACCGCCUGGAAUAUGUAAUGGCAGGAAACACCAUAUUAGACUUAUCAAACAAUUAUCUCCGCGGGGAAAUACCAGAGAGCAUGGGAAGUCUGACUGGUCUGAGACUGCUAAAUCUGUCUGGAAACCAACUGGAGGGUAAAAUACCACCAUCUCUUGGAAAUAUCUCUUCUUUGGAGCAGCUAGACUUGUCUAGAAAUGGCCUAAGUGGAAGAAUUCCUCAGGAUCUAUCUAAACUGACUAUGUUGGCGGUCAUGAAUGUUUCAUUCAACAGACUGUGUGGAAGGAUACCAAGUGGAACGCAAUUUGACACUUUCAACGAGACUUCUUUCCUGGAAAAUCCUCCGUGUUUGUGUGGGCGCCCCUUGCAAAAGUGCCAACAAAAUAACGAAACUUCAACAAGAGGGAAGGAGGAGAGGCCACUGCUGAGUAUCGUGGAAGAACACGUGUCACUGGUUGCAUUGGGUCUGGGAUUUGGCAUUUCUUUUGGCGGAACGAUCUCUUUCAUUUGUGGAAAGGACAUACUUUGGCGUUUGCUUCAUAGUAAUUUCCAGCGAAAGAGAGUCUGUGGGCGAUACAACAUGUCUUAG